AUGGUGGCUAAAGAGUUAUACUCAGGUCAAGAAGUAGGGAAUGAAGAAAAUAAUCUGCUACAAGAUGAUUAUCAUUAUGGUGAUGAUGACGAUGACGAUGAAGAAGAAACUCUAUCCCUUCGUGACCUUCCAAAUUCUACAACUUCACCUCAAUGGGGUGGUUUAUCCAAUUAUAACAAGGAUCGCCAUGAUGAUGAUGAUGAUGAUAAUUUGUUUGAGUUUUUUAGCGAAGAGUUCACAACUUCAACAAGUAAUGAUAACAUAAUCUUCUGUGGGAAACUGAUUCCCUUCAAAGAUCAUCCAAAAGUAGUUGUUCCAAGAGCAAAAGUGAUGAGUUCAAAGUCCAUGAAAUGUAAAGAUGAGGAUGAUAUUAGUAGGUUGAAGGUUAAGAGUUUUGCUUAUGAUUACACAUCAAUGGGAGGAAAGGUUUCGUUGGUGAGGAGUGCGACAAAAUCUAGAUGGUUUUUGUUUUUGUUUGGGAUGUCGUCGAGUUCGAGGUUGUCUUCCAAGGAGAUGCAACUUAGUGACAUUAGAAAUAGAUUGAGCCGGAGGGAGCCGACGAUGAUGUUUCCGGUGGCGCCGCCGGGGAAUGGGAAAGAGGUUGUGAAGAGGAAGAGGAAUGAGAAUAGUAAAGGGGCGUGGAAGAUGUUGAAGUCAAUUUCAUUGGUUUUAGGAUGCAGUAGUGCUAAAAUUGCUAAUGAUGUAGUCAAGACUGCUUUUGUAUAA